AUGAAAAUAUGCAGUUUCAAUAUCAAUGGAAUACAAUCAUUUGUCAAGUUGUUGGAUGGGAAGACAUUCAACGAAUGGCUUCUUGAAAUGGAUUGUGACAUCUGUUGCCUUCAGGAGAUCAAAGGAAGCAGAGAGAAUCUCAGCCAAUUUUUCACGUUGAAGGAUUUCUGCACAUUUGCGACAUUUCACAGGCAGCCAGGCAGACACGGUGUAGCCACAUUUGUAAGAAAAAAUGGCCACUGUAGUGAAUCAUACGAAGUGCUACAGGGCAGGAUAUUGCGAACUAAACACAACUCAACAUACUUAUACAACUGUUACAUGCCAUUCUGCAGCGUAGAUGACUGCCCUGUUGAAAUAAUAUCAGAAUAUCACAAAUUAAAUGAGGACCUGAAGCAAAAUGAGUCAAGAAAUGUGAUGAUUGUUGGAGACCUGAAUGCAACAUACAACAUGAUUGAUAACUAUUUAUAUCAAAAAGAGUAUGAGAAACUCCAUUACGUGGCAGAAUGGAGUAAUGACAUCAAAUAUGAAUCAGAAAUAGAAAAUAUUGAACAGAGGAAUAAAAUAUUGGAGAAGGAGAAGAUUCAGGUGAUAAUGGAGCAUAGUAAAAAUGGAAAAUAUACUGAAAAGAUAAAGCCACGACGAAAUGAGCUACCAAUUUACUAUUUCAGUGUAUCAGAAUUAUACAGGGCUUUUAUGAACAAGAAGCAAAGAAAGUGGCUCAAAAAUAUGUUGCUAGAUGGAUUCGUUGAUACGUUUAGAGAGAAAAACAAAGAUAUUGAGCAGUACACAUGCUGGGAUCAGGUGCUAAAGAACAGAUCAGUCAACCUGGGAGUCAGAAUCGAUUAUAUUCUGAUAAGGUGUAAGGACGCCUAUAAAAUAAUCAGGGCUGAAAUAAGAAAAGACGUCUACGGAUCAGACCAUUGCCCAGUAACACUUGAAGUGGAAAUAGAUGAACCAAAAAGUACAGAACGAAACCUAUUGAAGAAGAAGAACAACAUUCUUGGAUUCAUUAAGAAGAAGAAAUAUUCAUGA